ACAACUGUCUUCUCGAGCGGUAUAAAAUGACACCAAACUCUAACGUGUGUCAGCCAUGACAGCAUCAAUAUAACUAUUGGGAUGGAAGACAUUUUCGUUGCAGCAUUAGUAAGUUUAUUGAGGAGGGAGGCAAAGGUUUUGCAUGAGACAACCAAGUCGGACAACCGAUUCUCAGAAGCUGCUAAGGCCUACAUUUCUGAUUCCUUACCACCAGCCUUGGCCUCCUCUGAUAGUGAGAGCCUCAGUGAUUCUGACUCUGAUUAGUGACAGACACUGAUCUGUGACCUGUGACAUUUAAUAACCAAUCUGCGUUAACCAAACUUCUCUUUAACAGUUUCUUUCAGAUAUUAAAAGAUGUUGUUGUUGUUGUAUUUUUUGUCAAGUUUAAAUAGGAUCUAAAAAUGACUGCGACUGGGACUUUUAUAUAGUUCAGUGGCACAAAGCUCAUUUAUAUUAGCUCUGUAACGUUAUGAGUUCAAAGAUCACUGUUUAUAUAAACUUGUAUAAUGUUAAAAAAAAUUAAGUGCCUCCCUCAAUGUUGUGUCAAAUUUAUGUUAACCCUCCCGUUUUGGGUUGGUAAAAAGUUAAUGACCCUCCCCUGAAUUCCUCCGGCUCAUCCCCCCUUCUACAAAUGAAUGCUCCCUUACUUCCAAUAUUUCCUGCCGCGUUGGGAGAAAGUAAAUCGAAGGAGCGCUCGGCAUGACGGGAAAGCAUGUUUCGCGAGAUAACCAGGACGUUCCUUUGAUUGCAUUACCUUUUGCCUUUGGUUCAAAAUGAGGAUUGGCCAAAACCAAUUUUUCCUGACAUGUUCAUUUUCAUGUAAAUUGACCACAAAUUCCUUGUCAUUAGAAAGAAUUUACCCCAAGCCUCAUUUUGAAACAGAGGCAGGGCUAAACAGAACCGACAAUUUAUUACCAAAUUUAAAAGGUUUUCUUUCGGGUUACAAUGUGCCGCUAUGUAACGAUUUAGAGGACAUGAUGAGUUAAAUUAACUCCAAGUGAAUUAUCUCUGAAGUUAUUUGAAGUGUUGGAAAUCAACCCAACUUUUUCCUUUUGAUUGUUAGCCCCAAAAAGGAAGUGGGAGACCACAUGAGGUAAAGAAAAACUCUUUGACUUCACUGACCAACUGAGCUACAAGACCACAGCAGGUCGUAAGAAACUACGCUGGUAAUUCAUGGCAAGGUGGAUAUUGAGGGUCAACAUUUUUGCCUCGUGUGGUCGGUUGUUUCCUUUCUAAUGGAAAAUCUAGUCCGUUCAAUUCGCCCCCAGUCCUUCCCAACCCCCCUUACAGAAAAAAUGGCUCAAACUAGGCCCAGCAAAAACCCAAUCAAGAAAAAAAGACACACGUUCCUGAACAAUCAUAUCAGAAAGCAGCUUUCAUUCACUGUUCAUUUGACCGUUCACGCUGGGAUGUGCAAAUGGCCAAUAAAGUAAGCAAGUCAAAUGAUGGUAUUUCUGCUUGAUUUAACACACUUAUAAAUGUUUAAUAGACCACCUGGCUGCCGUCAAAUAACAUAGCCAAGCAGUUAUGUGGAAAAACAGAGUCAAGAAAAUCGUGAAGGCUGCGACCGAAAAAGAACAAGGAUUUUGUAUUGUUUCUGGCCUUGAAUGUGCAACUUAAUUCAUAACUGAGAACAAGUGAUCCCAAGCGAUUAACACUACAAACUGAACGAACAUAUCUCUACACGCUGACAUGUCCGAUAGGUCGUGGUUUCGGAUUAAUCGUGAUUUACUAGUGUACAAAGCUUUCUAUUUCUUUUUUCUCAGCGGAUUCGGUUCCAUAUUUCCUUAUCUUCCGGUUUAUUUUCGUCAAAUUGGUCUGCCCGCCAGUCAGGUUGGGUUAUUACUUGGUUUGCGGCCCAUUGUUCAGCUGGCGAGCGCUCCGUUCUGGGCCAUCAUGGCGGAUAAAUACAGGAAGCGGAAAUCGGUGCUUGUAAUGUCAGUGAUGUCUUGGCUUAUCAUGACCAUGGCUUUAGCGUUCGUCGAGCCUACCAACGAAAUCUGCGAGAUUCGCCGGGGCAAUAAUACUCAUAGUCUCGUUUAUAAUUAUACCAAAGUAAAGACUGGAUUCUUUAGACGAACUCUGCUGUGGCACAAAGCUGACGUUGGAGAGGAAACUGAAGACGUUCAGCACCCUGGCAUAGACAUUGUACCCAUUUAUAUUGAUGGUGAAAGAAAACGACACUUCAAGUCUGUUUCAAGUUCAAACAUCAAACCGCAUUCAGCAGUUACGCUUACACAACUAAACCACACAAAGUUUGAAAUCACUAACCAGCCAAGAGCAUUUUAUCCAAGCAACGUCACUGACUUCUCUCAAAAACCAGACAAAAAGCACCGGACAGUUCCUGAUCAAGAGGGCAAUAGGUUAUCUUUAAACACAUUGAGUUCCGAACGAAAUUUAAGUGCGCUACUAAACUUUAUAAACAAUACGCAACAGUAUGGCGAGUACAGCAAGCAAGGUCCAACGUUAAAAGCAAGAACUAACAACACAUUACAAACAACCACCAGCCGAAUGGUGGUACCAACUACUCAACAAAUUAACCGCUCAAAUCACCUUUCGCGUUUUCACAAAUUCAACAAUUCUCCCGGUCAAAACAAGAGAUGGAAACACUUCUCAAACUCUGGAAAUUUAGGGAAACCCAAAAAUGAAGGAACAAAACUGCGUGAAACAGACACAGCAAACUUGACGUCCAAUUUCGUGUCACCCGCAAAACACUCUGAAGAGAAAAAUGAUGACUCGUCCAUUGACAAGAGAAGGCAAAAUAAGCGAGUGCCACCUGUAGUUAUUGAGUUUUCAAGGAUCGUAAUUCCAGACAGUAAAGACUCCUCUGCAAAUGAUAAUAGUGAUGACAUCCACAAUUAUUUGAAAGGCUUGAAAAAGGAAAAUACGACUAAAUAUGUACAUGCGCACAAAACUGCUUUCCACUUGUCUCAGCCGGCCUCGGAGCAAGAAAAUUAUAGCAUCUCUGAGCCAUUGGUGAGUAAGGCAGGAUUGUUACCACACGUAAACAAUUCAAAGUACAAAGAUUAUCAAACAGGAUUUAAACCUAUUAGCAAAGGCCUGUUGCAGUUGGAGGAAAAACUAUCAAAACUCGUAGAAUUUGACUCCAAGAGCACCUUGACUGUUAAUACCCCUCUUGACGCGAGCAAGGGAGACAUGCACAAGUUGCAUAUAAACAAUACUGCUGUUGACAAGUCAGGCUUUUCCAAUCAAUCUCUGACUCGAACCUUUCAAAUUCAUAUUCGCAAUAAAAACAUUUCCAAGGNGUUGUACACCUUAAAUCUGGAUGUCAUGAAUUUCCCUUUAGGAACGAACAUAUCUCUACACGCUGACAUGUCCGAUAGGUCGUGGUUUCGGAUUAAUCGUGAUUUACUAGUGUACAAAGCUUUCUAUUUCUUUUUUCUCAGCGGAUUCGGUUCCAUAUUUCCUUAUCUUCCGGUUUAUUUUCGUCAAAUUGGUCUGCCCGCCAGUCAGGUUGGGUUAUUACUUGGUUUGCGGCCCAUUGUUCAGCUGGCGAGCGCUCCGUUCUGGGCCAUCAUGGCGGAUAAAUACAGGAAGCGGAAAUCGGUGCUUGUAAUGUCAGUGAUGUCUUGGCUUAUCAUGACCAUGGCUUUAGCGUUCGUCGAGCCUACCAACGAAAUCUGCGAGAUUCGCCGGGGCAAUAAUACUCAUAGUCUCGUUUAUAAUUAUACCAAAGUAAAGACUGGAUUCUUUAGACGAACUCUGCUGUGGCACAAAGCUGACGUUGGAGAGGAAACUGAAGACGUUCAGCACCCUGGCAUAGACAUUGUACCCAUUUAUAUUGAUGGUGAAAGAAAACGACACUUCAAGUCUGUUUCAAGUUCAAACAUCAAACCGCAUUCAGCAGUUACGCUUACACAACUAAACCACACAAAGUUUGAAAUCACUAACCAGCCAAGAGCAUUUUAUCCAAGCAACGUCACUGACUUCUCUCAAAAACCAGACAAAAAGCACCGGACAGUUCCUGAUCAAGAGGGCAAUAGGUUAUCUUUAAACACAUUGAGUUCCGAACGAAAUUUAAGUGCGCUACUAAACUUUAUAAACAAUACGCAACAGUAUGGCGAGUACAGCAAGCAAGGUCCAACGUUAAAAGCAAGAACUAACAACACAUUACAAACAACCACCAGCCGAAUGGUGGUACCAACUACUCAACAAAUUAACCGCUCAAAUCACCUUUCGCGUUUUCACAAAUUCAACAAUUCUCCCGGUCAAAACAAGAGAUGGAAACACUUCUCAAACUCUGGAAAUUUAGGGAAACCCAAAAAUGAAGGAACAAAACUGCGUGAAACAGACACAGCAAACUUGACGUCCAAUUUCGUGUCACCCGCAAAACACUCUGAAGAGAAAAAUGAUGACUCGUCCAUUGACAAGAGAAGGCAAAAUAAGCGAGUGCCACCUGUAGUUAUUGAGUUUUCAAGGAUCGUAAUUCCAGACAGUAAAGACUCCUCUGCAAAUGAUAAUAGUGAUGACAUCCACAAUUAUUUGAAAGGCUUGAAAAAGGAAAAUACGACUAAAUAUGUACAUGCGCACAAAACUGCUUUCCACUUGUCUCAGCCGGCCUCGGAGCAAGAAAAUUAUAGCAUCUCUGAGCCAUUGGUGAGUAAGGCAGGAUUGUUACCACACGUAAACAAUUCAAAGUACAAAGAUUAUCAAACAGGAUUUAAACCUAUUAGCAAAGGCCUGUUGCAGUUGGAGGAAAAACUAUCAAAACUCGUAGAAUUUGACUCCAAGAGCACCUUGACUGUUAAUACCCCUCUUGACGCGAGCAAGGGAGACAUGCACAAGUUGCAUAUAAACAAUACUGCUGUUGACAAGUCAGGCUUUUCCAAUCAAUCUCUGACUCGAACCUUUCAAAUUCAUAUUCGCAAUAAAAACAUUUCCAAGGAAAUUGAUAAGCUUCAUCAAGGAGAAAGUCAAAAGUUGGAAGCAGAAUUUUUACUUCACCGCAUGAAACCAGCCUUCGACAUCUCAGUAGACCCCACCAACAACACAAAUGGCUUGAACGUAAAACCUUUAAAUGAUAGUAAUUCAACCAGCAAGCAUCUCCCACUGAAUAACUCUCUAAGAAGCUCUGGAACUACGUUACUUAAACCUCUUUGGCAGCAGAAUGUUAAAAGUGGUAAUGUGACAUCUGAUGGUGCGCAAAAAGGAAAACCCAAAUACAAUGAGCUAGAAGACAGCGAAAGUACGUUUCAAACAAUCCAAAAUUUUACGCGAAGUAACGUUUCAGGCAGUUACCAAGAAAGCUAUACAAAAACAGGCCAAAGUUAUCUUUUACAGAACCUUAACGGAGGGAAUACACAACUACUGGGAAAUUACGAGUCAGAUCAGAAAAUAUGGAUGACAAAUUUGUUAAAAACAAACUCUUUUGAACUUAAGAGAAUUUUCACAAUUCUGCUCGUUCUAGUAGUUGUGGGAGAGUUUCUAGAGGCUCCAUCGACGACUUUAGCAGACGCCUCCCUUCUUGAGCACCUCGGGGAAGAGCGACGGUACUACGGAAAACAACGACUUUGGGGUUCGCUUGGAUUCGGAUUAUCUUCGUUUCUUGUAGGAGUCUUAUUGGAGAGGUCACGCCACGUUGUUUGUGGUGAUCAAUACACAGAUUACAUGAUAUGUUUCUGUGUGUUUGCCCUUCUCAUGGUUAUGACUUUGUUUAUAUCUACCACAUUUAAAUUUCAGUAUAAAGAAACUGAUGCAAAAAGUGCAAGCGUGCUCUCCGCGCUUUGUAACGUACAUUAUGGGUCUUGCCUUGCAGCGGCCUGCUUCAUGGGAGUUGGUCACGGAAUGUCUCAUAGUUUUCUCAACUGGUUUCUCGAGGAUCUUGGUGCCACUAAAACAUUAAUGGGUGUGGCUGUGAUUUGCCGCAGCACUCUGGAUUUACUGACAUUUUUCGCGGCGGGAAGCCUCAUAAAAGCCAUCGGACAGAUUAAAAUCAUGAUAUGCGCGCUCAUAUCUUAUGGAAUAGCUUUUACACUGUACUCUUUGCUAACAAACCCUUGGUGGGUCUUGCCGAUAGAAAUGUUAGUUGGCUGCACGUACGCUGCUUCAUGGUCAGCUUGUACUUCAUAUAUGGCAGGUGCAUCGUCCUCAGAAUCAGUCACAACUAUUCAAGGAAUUCUUCAGGGUGUGUACUGGGGACUGGGGACUGGGUCAGGUACUAUUACAGGUGGUUUUCUGAUUCAUCAUAUCGGAGCUGUGGCCACGUUCCGCUGCGUGGCGUGUUGCGCGUUUGUGGUCUGUCUGUUGUUUUGUCUCGCACAGUGUAAGUGGACACGCGAGUCGACAGAAUAUGCUGAGAUGAAGUACACCUAUCUCCCAACUGUAGAGUCUAAAGAUACCGAGGAACUUCUACGAGGAUACCGCGGAGUAUCUAAGACUUCAAAGAACAAGCAUAGCACUACAAGGAGAUACUGAGUCAUAUCA